AUGUCCCCGCGGGCGGUGCGGGUGCUGCGGCUGGGCGCGGUGCCGUACGCGGAGGCGCUGCGGGUGCAGGAGCGCUGCGUGGCGGCGGCGCGGGCGGCCCGCGGCGGCCCGGGGGAGCCGCUCCCGGCGGCGGAGAGCGUGGUGCUGAGCGAGCCGGCGGCGCCCGUGUACACCUGGGGGCUGCGGGGCGCGCCGGGCGCGGCGGCGGCGGCGGCGCUGCGGGCGCGGGGCGCGGCGCUGGUGGCGGCGCGGCGCGGCGGGCACAUCACCUUCCACGGGCCGGGACAGCUGCUCGCCUUCCCCGUGCUCGACCUGCGCCGCCGCCGCCUGCCCCUGCGCGCCUACGUGGCCGGGCUGGAGGCGCUGGUGCUGCGGCUGUGCCGCCGCCUGGGGCUGGGCACGGCCCGGGCGCUGCCGCCGCCCUACACCGGGGUCUGGAUGGGCGACAGCAAACUCUGCGCCAUCGGUGUGCACUGCGGCAGCCACAUCACCUCGCACGGGCUGGCGCUCAACUGCUGCACCGACCUCUCCUGGUUCGAGCACAUCGUGCCCUGCGGGCUGGAGGGCAAGGGCGUCACCUCGCUCAGCCGGGAGCUGGGACAGCACAUCGCCGUCAGCCACGUCCUCCAGCCCUUCCUCGACUCCUUCCAGGAGGUGUUUGAGUGCACUUUGGUCUCCUCAGAGGACCCCGGGGACUAGGAUCCUUGUGCCGCCUUGGCCGGGUGUGCUGGCGCCAGGCCAGCCCCCAGUUCUUGUGCCUUUGCCUGUGGACUGUGAGUGGACCGUGGCACAGGGUUCCAGGCUGCUGCCUGACCAUCCAAACCUGCCCUGGGGCUGUUCUCUCCAGCCCUGUGAGUCUCCAUCCCUCGGUGAGACCUCCGUGGGUACCACAGUCCCUUGCUGGGGAAGUACCCAAACAGGUGCUUCUGUGGGGUUUCUUCUGCUUUUUGCCCCACAGAAAUUAAAGAUUUGUGUGAAUGCUCACGAAUUCACAUGAAUUCACGUGGGUCAUCCUUUACCUUGCUGGGUAAAAAGGCAGAUUUUGUAUAUAAAGAGAGU